AUGUCUUCUCCCCCUACCCCGCCUGCUGCCCUUCCCCCUUCGCCCGUUGAGGCAUCUCCCCUCGCCCCAACUCCCUCCCUGGCACACGCUGUGGCUCAGCCCGACGGUGACCGGGGCUCGAACGCGCCGCCGAGCAGGACGACGAUGUCGGAGUACGACUGGGACGACCUCCUCGCAUCCUUCCCCACAGACGUCCCGACGUCGCGCUCGCCCCAUAUCCGCCGCCCUCGGUCUGCGACGGUCUCGAUGGAAAUCAUGCGCGACGAUGCGCAACGUGCGGCGGCUGCGCGCGUUUUUCUCGAUGGAGGGGAAGGGGCAAGUGUGCCAGAAACGGCUGGGGCUUGUUGUGAGGCAAACGCCCCUGCUGCCCCGGUGGCUUUCCCCUCAAUCAGGCCGUCCCUCAUCACGCCUCCCCCGUCCCUUGCACCCCCGGUUGUCCAGGCGGUAACGGCGACGGGUGAGCUGGCGGCGCCGCGUCCUCUGCACGCAACCCCGGCGGUAACGCAGCUCGAAGACACUGUGGCUGCUGGCCCGGUGGUGUCCACGGCGCGCAAGGGCAAGAAACGCGCUCGUAUCGACUCGACGUCCCCGUCCCCGUCGGCUGCAGCUCGAACCCGCCCACCUCCUCCGCAUAUGGACACACCAUCCCACCGGCAGCGUCUCAUGCUCCCGCAGUCGGGCCCGGCCCUUGCUCCUAUGGAGUGGGCGGCGCCGGCAGCCUCUCAUGGAAGACUUUCCAUGGCUACGAGAGCUCUCAUCAAGGAAACUCUUCUCCCACCCCCUCUCGCCUCGGCACGACUCUCUGGCGCGGUUCGCCCGAAUCAAAACCGACUGCCGCCGUCGCAGGCGGCGCGGGCUGCAGCAGCCUCGCGUGGACGUUUCCGCGAUGAGAACGCGGUCCCCGAGCGGCCCAUUUUUACCAUGGAUAUCGAUCUCCCGCUCGACGCCUCCCUCGCACCGAUCAGAGCACACGCCCCGUAUGGAGCUCCCCUUCAGUCGUUGGACCUCAACAGGGUCCGCUUCCCGGACGCCUUCGCGCACAUGGGCCCACUCCCGGAGGAGGUGGGUGGCACUCAGUCGGACGACGACCUCUGGGCACAAGUAGAUGAGGUUGAGCGGCCGAGGGGCGUCCUUUCUGUUCGCGACCGCCCCCCUACGCCGCACCCAAUCCACUCCCUUUCCCCUGGCCGCGCCACUCCGCCUCGCGUUGUCUCGCACUCUGCUGCAGCACUCGCGGCCUCUUUUACCCCGUCGCAACCGAUUCCAAUCCCGGCGGGACCUGCCCAGGCGUUGGGGUCGGUGGUGGGCACGGCAACAUACAACGCGGCGGUCAACGCACUCCUCCCGAGUGCUGCCAGCACCCUCCAGUUCACGAGCGUCCCGCCGGGCGGGUUCCCCACAGUCUACUUGGCGGACCCCGACGGGCUGUUCAGGGGGAUGUCCCCGGCGCGAGGUGUCGCGCUCCGAGGCGAAGCGGCAUGCUUCAUCGCACGCAUCCACAACCUCAACAGCAUGACACAGCAGGAGGCGCGCCAGGCCACUGCGGCGAUCGCGACGAUCGUCACCCACACGACAGGCGAGAGCAAUCCGCUUGUCGUCGCGCCUGAGCGGGACACAGCGGUCGGCCCCCACGCUCGCCAGGGGCCCAACGGCAUAUCUUUUGGCGUCCUGGGGAUCUCGGUUGAGUCGGUUCGCGCCAUGCUCCACCAGUCAACGUGGUCCACCCCGAUUGGGACCAUCCACGUCAGCCCCGCCGCAAUUGAAGUAUCGCCUUUCAUGUUUGUUGUUGGCGGUUUCGACCAUGACCAUAAUGGCAGCAUCCUCAACGCCAUCUUCGCAGUCUUCAGCGGGCCGGACGUCCUCCCCCAUAUCGUCCAACUUGUCCAAACCCACCCCAUGUACCAGAACGCCACCCCGGAGGAAGCUGCUAGAGCCAUUCUGGCGUCGCUGGUGGUGCGUGUGUCGACGCUCCAGAACGGUAAUCUCAUGGCGGCUGUCUACUGUGACCCCCCCACGCUGUCGGCGGCACGGUGGGUUGAGUGGCGCGCCCGUGUUGCGGCGCUCCCCUUCCCGCACCCCCUGAACUCGACUGGCCACGCGCGCCGCGCCCCUCCGUGCGCAGCGUGCCAUGGCGAGGACCACCCCACGCACCUCUGCCCUUUCCAGUACAUCCCUGGGUGGAACGCCCCGCCCCCGGGCACGACCUGGGCCCAGCCGGGCUUUGCUCCGACCCAGGGCGCCCCGCAGCCGCCGCCGCCGCCGCCGCCGCCUGCUGGUGGCGCGGCCUCUCGUGGCCGCGCGCACUCUGGUCGUAGGAACGCGAACACGCCUGCGUUCAACGGCCACCGCCGCGACUACCAGGGCGGCGGUGAUGGGCGGGCCAGCGGCAGCGGCGCGGGCUCGAACCGUGGUGGACACUCCGGCGCGGGUGGUGGCAGCAACUCCCCCGCCUUCUAG